AAGGAAAUCUGCAAAAAGCUCUUCCGAGGAGAAUGCCUGAAGUAUACGGUCAUUAUUCCAUAUGGUGUAAGUGUUUGGGUAAGUUGGAGGUAAAUGCAUUGCUAUAUGAUUUUUUGGCUAGAAGGGAUUCGACUGUGGCAUUGGAUUGUAUAUCCAUGUUCUCGGGGUUGAGGUCUGCUGAGUUGUUUUGGGGUUCGUCUGGGGUACCUUCUGGGGUCAAAGAGGCUACCAGAUUGUUAAGGGGGCUCGCCUAG